UUUUAAUAAACUUAACUUGAAAUGGUAUCAUCAGAAGUAGUGGUGGCUUGGAUUUUUUAUUUUAUUUGAUUGGGAGCUUUGGGAAAGAAUUAUCAGUCCUUCCUCCCAUUAGAAGAUAUGGCUUAUUCAACUAUUGUAAUUACACUUAAUUUUGAGAUCUGAACUGUCUCCAAGAUUCUGGAAUCAAGAGCUGCAAACCCCAGAGAUCCUCCGCUGUCUAAACUAAUAGGUGACUUUUUCCGGACUUUUUAUUCAGCCGUAUUAUGUGAGCUUCUUUUGACUGAGACUCCAAAUUUGAUGAAGUUCGUAUACCUCAUUCCUAGAUUUCUCUUAAUUGCUUUCAUUAUCAGGAAGAUCCCCGAAGAUACUUUUAAUAAAUUCUAUAAAGCAAACAAAAUAACAAGGACACUCCUAAAUUUGGUAUUUGCUUUUAUUCUGACUGUGGAAUACUUGGAAUGCUUGGUUUGGAUCGAUAACCUUUCUCUAUCGGUUACCCUGCUUUAUAUGUUCUUAUCUCAAGCCACAUGCGUGGACCAAGUGUAUCUAAUUGAAGAUGUGGUGAUGCUCAAAUGGAAGAAAUUGAGAAAAUCAUUAAGUCUUGAACCGAUGGUUAUCAGCUCUUACAUCUACCUUGCCUUGAACCUAGUCACAAUAGUAUUUUAUUCGAUCGAGCAGAUCUUUAAAGGAAUGUUGUUAGGGAAAAAUUCAGGAUACAACACUCAUGCACAUGUGGAAAAAAUUGAAAGCUCAGAAGAAAGCCUUCCUUUGAAUCUGCUAGGCUAUGAUAUUAAGCAAAUCUCUUUUGCAGCACACUUAUUUGUAUUUUUCAUUGUAACUUGCCAUCUGGUCCAAAAAUCUAAUGGAGAGAAAGGAAUUUUGACUACUUUGAAGAAUUUAAUUCCAAAUACGGCAUCUAAUAUUAAAAGAGAAAAGAAGAAUUAGCCAGUGAUUUAAUUAUUUA